AUGGCAACUAUACUAGGAAGAAUAUUAAAUAAAUGGUUAGAGGAUAGGAGGAAGCACAACAGCGUUAGCGUGGAUCAAAGAAUAUCGAACAAUGUACAAAGAAUAGUAGGUGAGUUAAUGAGAAGGUUGAAUGAUAAUGCGGAUGAAAUAUCAAAAAGGUACUGUGCGCAAGACCCUACGGAUGAGAUUGAAAUUGAGAAUAACCAUAAACCAAUAUGCAAAGCCUUAAUGAGAACAUUCUUCUAUAUGAACGGAUUGAAAGUAAGGGAAGGGAGAAAGAUAGAAUUUGAAGAAGACACGGAGGAAGAAUCAUUCUUAAAGUGCAUAGUUGGAACAACAGUUAUGCUUAGAAUGUUAAAGAAGUACUGUUGGUUUAAAGAUUAUUUAGAGUAUGCAUUAAGAAUAGCAGGAGGAAGAUCUGAGGCUCAGGGAGCUACUAAUAAUUAUGGUAUCUGUGGAGGGAUGAACUUUGAUCAGUUAAAAAUAGGAAAUAUAUUAGUUGGAGAAGCAGUGGCAAAGUUGGUUGAGGGUAGGGAUUCUCAAAUAGCCGAUUAUGUAAAUUUAAAAGGUAGAGCAGGGGAAUGGUGCAGAGGGAAGCAAUUCGGUAAAGUGAAAAGGAAGGUACCAAGGAAGUCAGAAGAAAAGGAGAAGGAAUGGAUGAGUGAGAGUGAAAUGAAAAACAUAGUAGAGAACAAGCAAUAUGUGCCCGCGGGUAAUGUCGAUACAGUAUUAGAUAAAAUAGAGAAGAAAAUAAAAAAGAAGAAGACUCCAUAUGAAUGUCCUGGUAGUACCACCACUAAAGAUGGGUCUGAUGACAAAGAAGACCUUGGUAUAGAAGAAUGGUUUACAACAUUCUCUAGCAGUGUAUCCAGCACGGACAAAGAUAAUUAUAAAGAACUGGAUAGUAUGUUGGCAUUAUGCGAGGACGAUGAUGCAAGUGAAGGUGGGGUGAAACGAAAGGAAUACAAAGGUUUCUGUGAAAUUAUGAUGAGAAAUAUAAUGAUAGUUACCGAAGUUGGAGAACAAUAUAAAAACAAAAACCAGACUCAGAAGCAGGGCCAAACACCAUGUGAGAAGGAAGUGAAAAAUAUUCCCUUAUGCGAUUUAUUGAAUUUUUGGACAUAUUAUAUGCAGUUGUUCUGUGUACCGCAGGAAGUCAUUCAAUACGCCUUUAAUGGGGUAGGAAGUGUAAGAGGGGACAUGAAUCCAGGUGAGAAGUAUGUGAAAUGUGCUUAUGAUGCUGCAUUUAAGAUUCCUAAGGACAACGAAAGGUAUACGGUAGGUGAAGCUCGCAAGCUAUUUCUCACAAGUGAGUUAUAUACUAUGAUGAAAGCAUUAACUAAGAAAGAAUGGUGCGAAAAGGGUAAAGGAAAGUUCCCGCAGAAAGCAUCAGAGGGUUUAGACCGUUCACGCUCAGAAACGGGGGGAAAGGAUCUAGUGGUCUCCGGUAAUGGGGACCUGAAGAAAUUGGAAGGAAUUGUUCAGAAAGUUGUGGAAGGAUUAAAACAGGAAGAAAAGGAAAAGGAAGAAAUAUUCAAACAGUUAGAAGAAACCAUAAAAGAAGCUGUUCCUAACCCCCCUGUGCACCACCAACAACAACCUCCACCACCACCUCCUCCGGAACCAGCACGGCCAUUACCACCCGUAAUUCCAGCACCGGAAAGUGAUCCUUGCGAUGGAGAAUUAAAGACGCGCGUAGACGCUGCAGCAAAGAAGUGGCUAGGACUCGCAACAGGAAGAAACUUGGGUGGUAUUGGGGACGACAUCCAAACUAGGGUUAACGACCUUUCGGGCGCCUUAUCUAAGGCAAUCCAAAAUGAGGACCAAUACUGUAAAGGCAGUAAUUGGGAGAAUAAUGCAUCAGGCGGAACGAGCAAAAAGGCAUGUGAAUUCACUGUUAGAGGAUUACACCAUGUGUACAGUAUUACGGAAGAUAUACAGAACGAUGGCCGGAACGCCAAGGCCAACUGGGAAAUUAAGACUACCGUGGCUUGUCUGGCAUUUAAUGCGUACGUACAGAAGGUAAAAGAAAAGUGUGAAAGCACUGAAGAGGGAAUAAAGCAAGCAUUUAAGGAUGGAAAAAGUCUUCAUGAAGAACUAUGUUCUAGUAAGGGGUGUGAAAAAUGCGAGAGAAGUAACUGCACAAAUUACACCAUAGAAGGAACAGACCUAUGGAAUGAAGUGAAUACGAAACUCCAGGCGAAUAGGGAAAUAAUGGGAACACUGGACACUAUAUGUAAUCAGACUGCAGAACCGGCCAAACCUGCAGCCACUAAACCAGCAACUACGAAACCUGCCGUGCCGGUAACGCAGAAUAGUGCACAACCAGGUAAGGAAAACAUUGUUAAUACGGAGGAUGGUAUUAUUUUGAAUGGUGUUAAACUCACUUGUAAUAUCCCUGAAGUGAGUCCUAUUGAUAAAGGCUUCGAGGACGAUAGCCGCUACGAAAGAGGUGCAAAUAGUCCUACAGUUACUGAAGGAGGGGCGCAACCAGGUGCAACACAAGAACCAGCUUCCUCAGGUACUUCUAGUGUUGCGAGUGGUGAAAGUGUUGGUAGUGGUGGUACUCACCAAGGUGUUGAUAGUGCCCAAGUUCCAGGUAUUCCAUCCGUCCCUGAUUCUGACAAAAAUGCUAAAGUUAGUGGUCCUUCUCCCGAUGGUACCACUGGACAGGUCUCACCGGGUCCUGCAGGGCAGGAACCGAACCCAGUACCAUCCUCAUCUUCGGGCCUAACACCAUCACAACCAGCAUCCGCCGCAACAACAGCAAAAUCGUCAUCUACGAGUGUCAAAACAGGAAGAAGUGGUCCAAAGGGGGGUGCCGGAGGCAUCCUCCCUCUUCCACUCCGAGUCAGUAACCCCAUAAAUCAUUCUGAUCUUACUCCAUACCUUCCUUUGGCCCCUGUCCUUAUUGGCAUUUCUGCUAUGAGUUAUCUCCUCUGGAAGUAUUUUUUCCUCGGUAAAAGAAGAAAACGUUACAAAAGGGCUCAUCAAGUACGUGGUCCUCCUUCCUUAGAAGAACAUUUCCUUCAUCAUGUGGACCAAGAUGAUGGUCCACAUGAAUAUACCUUAGUAAAGGAACGAAAACAACCCAGAUCUGUUCCAACGGGAAGAACGAAGAGACCAAAAAAACGUGCCGACCGUCAUGGUGUUGGCCUACGCACCAUUAUUGAUAUUCAUUUAGAAGUCUUAAACGAAUGUCAAAAGGGGGACGCACAAUUGACUAAGGAAGACUUUUUUGAAAUUUUGAUUCAAGAAUUUAUGGGAAACGAAUUUAUGAAAGAAGAAAAUAUUCCUAAGGAAGAUGUUCUUAAGGAGCAGGUUCCAAGUUCAGAUUCCGGGUUUAGGAAAGAAAGACUUUGUUCCUAUGGAAGAUUUUGUUCAUAA